AGGAUAAAAUUAGGGUUUCAAUAUUUUACGGUCUUUUUUUCUUCUCUAACCCUUCUUACAUCUGAGAAAUUAUGACGACUCAGAUGAGCAAGAAACGGAAAAUCGUCUUGGAUGGAGUAUUCGGGGCUGAAUUACAUGAAUUUUUCACUAGAGAACUGGCUGAAGAUGGUUAUUCUGGGGUUGAAGUUAGGGUUACCCCAAUCCGAACUGAAAUCAUCAUUAGGGCUACUCGCACUCAAAACGUUCUUGGUGAGAAAGGAAGAAGAAUUAGAGAAUUGACAUCGAUUGUGCAAAAAAGGUUCAAGUUUCCCGAGAACAGUGUUGAGUUGUAUGCUGAGAAGGUUAACAACAGAGGGCUUUGUGCUAUUGCUCAGUGUGAAUCUCUUCGUUACAAGCUCCUUGGUGGUCUUGCUGUUCGAAGGGCUUGCUAUGGUGUGGUGAGGUUCGUCAUGGAAAGUGGAGCCAAGGGUUGUGAGGUUAUUGUCAGCGGAAAACUGAGGGCACAGCGUGCAAAAUCUAUGAAAUUCAAGGACGGCUACAUGAUCUCCUCUGGUCAACCAGUUAAGAAGUACAUCGACUCAGCUACUAGACAUGUCCUUCUCCGACAGGGAGUUAUUGGUAUCAAAGUGAAAAUCAUGCUUGAUUGGGACCCUAAAGGAAAGAUGGGACCAACAAAGCCACUCCCAGAUCUUGUUACAAUUCACCCACCAAAGGAUGAUGAGGUAUAUGCUAGAGCUCCUGUUCUGAGUCAAGAAGUGGAGCUUGUAGAUCCAAUUUCUGUUGCUUGAGGAGAUCACUGGCCUAGUUUAAAGUUUUGGUGAUAGUUUUCAGUCUUGGAUACACAAAGGGUUUAUUCAAUUUGCCGGCAAGGUUUUUGUUCAUGAUUCAUAUUUUAGUAUUUUUAUAAGUUUUGCACUAUAUUUCUGGAGAAUGGAGAAGUAUAUUUUAUGGAUUUAUGAUUAUUUAAUAAUGGCCGGUUUGGAAUUUUUGCAUUCUCAA